GGUCAUAGGUGAAAGGUUAAACUGGCGCGGCAAAUAAGAUGGCGAUGGAUGAGCUGUAUCUGGAGAAUCUUCAAGAAUAUGUCGUAGAUGAGAACAAAAUUGUGACGUAUAAAUGGCUUAGUAAGACUCUAUCUGUACACGUAAAUCAAGCAAAGCAAAUGCUUUACAUGUAUGUUCAGAAGCAGAAGAAAAAAGAUUUAUGUGUAACAUACUUAGUAGGAGGUGAACAGAAGGAUGGUGAUGGUUUGGUGAUGAAAAAGUUAUCACUAGUAAGAGGUAACCAGUUAGAGGCUACGAAAUGCAGUUUAGAUAAAGUUACUAGUGUGCAUAUUUAUAGCAUUCAUAAAUGCCUACUUAAGGACAGCAAUGCUUUGUAUACUGUGGACUAUGAUAUCACUAAGGAACAUUUACAUCAAUCUAAUAAGUUCGGUGCCAUCCAGUGUAAUGAUGCCAAACCACGGCCAAGGCAAGGUGUAACUGAAGUAACACAGAAUACAACUGAAUCAAUACCAAAACCAAAAGUAGUCACUCAAAAGGGAAGUAAUAAAGGCAAAACUGGUAUUGGUGAAAUGUUUAGUAAAGUACAAGCUAAAAGUAAAACUAAACCUAAAAAGGAAGAAAAUGGCACUGUUCAUAAAGAGAAUUCAACUGCACCCAAAACACAAAAACUUGCUUCGUUUUUUAAUGAAGAUGCUCCAAAGAAAAUAGAGAAAAAGAAAACAAUAAUAGAAAAAUCAAAAACUGAAAUCUUGGAUGAGGAGGAAGAUGUAAGAAUCUCAUCAGAAGAGGAACAAGUUGCAGAAAAUAUAAUUGCUGAUUCUGAAGAAUCAGAAAAGGAAGAGGUAACAAAACAACCAAUGAAAAAACGAAAAAGGCGCAGAGUCAGAGAGAUGUCUGACAGUGAUGAUGAUGAUGACGAGGCUAAAGAAGUGGUUGAGGAGAAACCAUCAGAGACCACGGUCAAACAUGAUGCUGGUAAUAUUAGUGGACAUUACAAGAAAAAAAGGAGAGUUUUGAAAUCUAAGACCUUCAUGGAUGAUGAUGGAUGUAUGGUUACCGAAAAAGUUUGGGAAAAUGAAUCAGCUGACAGUGAGCCUGAAGAAGUCAACACUAAACAAAAACAACAAACAAAUUCCAAUCCCAUCAAGCUUAAGAAAAAAUCUCCAAUGAAAAGCAAACAACCAUCCUUAAUGAGUUUCUUCAAGAAAAAAUGAGUUGUAACAGAGAAGAGAAUGUUUACUCCAAUGAUUUAUUUACCAAUAAAUGUGUAUGCAGUAGAAGU